GUUUUCUUCAUCAAAGACGAUCCCGCCGACACAUUUGAUGCCACUUUUUAUACCUCAAUACUCAUAUCCCAUAAAAUAAAAUAAAGAAAUUUACGUGACAAAAAAGAAAGAAUCAUUCAAAAUCACAAAACUCUCAAAUCUCUUCAUUUUGCCUGAAAAACCAAACUCAAAUUCUUCAAGAAACAACACUUGUCGAACGAUAGAUGAGCCUCUGUCUUUCUCAAACCCACAAGAUUUCAAGAACGACAACUAAUCAAUCCGGAAUUCGUACAACAGACCUCAUCGAUCACAUGAAACCCAUGAAUCAUCUUCAAUCUACAGAGAUUAACAACUACAUCACGAUUCAAAGGCAGCUAUGAACCUUAAAUUUCAUGUUCGAAAGAUCCGAUGGCUAUGGAUGAUGUUCCAGGAUCCAUGGGAACAAGUGCGGGUUUUGCUCUGAGAUUGGGUCAAACGAUCUUCUCCUCUGCUUCUCUUCUGUUCAUGGCGUAUGGUGUUCAAUUCUACAGCUAUUCAUCUUUCUGUUUCUUGGUGACGAUUAUGGGUUUGGUUAUUCCAUGGAGCUUCACAUUGGCACUACUUGAUGGAUACUCUGUUCUUGUAACAUGCCCAGUUCGACAAAAGGGUAUUCUGGUCAUUAUCGUAAUAGGAGAUUGGGUGUUAUCGACUCUUACGCUAGCUGCAGCUUCUUCAGGUGCGAGUGUGGUGGAUAUCUUGAUGAGGGCAGAUGAGUCUUUUUGCCCUUCGAAUAUCUGCAGCUUUCAUGUGGGAAUCGAUUUGUCGUAUGGUUUGCCUCUGAUUAAUGAUGUAUCUAAGUUGUUAUUACCUGUAAAUGAUGAUUACGGAUCGCAAGUUAGGGUUUUUUUUCACCCAAUUUGGGGUUUGAAAGGAAACCGAAGAUUUAUGCAUAUGGGAUUUCCAUGGUUGAGCCCUAGAUACCAUUGGAUCGAAACCAGAAGGGAAGAGCGUGGGGAGGUGGGUCCAUCGGGUUUUGGAAUAAUGGUGUUUGAAGACGGAGACGGCGGUGGCGACUGCAGUUUCAUGGUCGGAAGAUGGCUGUGA